CUCUGUGUGGACUGUAUGGAGCACAGCUAUCAUGCAACACUGUGAUUAUUAUCUGUGCCUCACCAUCUACAUCUUCACCUUCAUCACCGGCUUCCCGGCCAACGUCUUGGCCUUCUACACACUCAGCCGCAAGGUUUGGAGGAAGCCGGCACCCAUCGACAUCCUCCUCCUCAACCUGAUCAUCUCAGACUUGCUCUUCCUCAUCUUCCUCCCCUUUAAGAUGCAAGAAGUGGCCAAUGAUAUGGUGUGGAACAUUGACUACUUUCUGUGUCCGCUGUCUGGCUUUGUCUUCUACAUGACCAUCUACAACAGCACCUUCUUCUUGACCGCGGUGAGUGUGGAGCGCUACCUCGGCGUGGCGUUCCCAAUCCAGCACUCCCUGUGGAGAAGACCCAUCUACGCCGUGUUCGCCAGCAUCUUCAUCUGGGUGUUUUCCAUCCUCCAUCUCAGCAUUGUCUACAUCGUGCCCUACUAUAACCCAUCCGGGACGGUCCCACCAUCCCGAAACGUCUGCUAUGAAGAAUUCACCCAUGCUCAACUGGAGCUCCUCUUGCCCGUACGUUUGGAGUUGUGCAUCGUUCUCUUCUGCGUUCCUUUGCUUAUUUGCAGCUUCUGCUACAUAAACUUCAUCCACAUCCUUUCGAGGCUGCCAAACAUCGGCCGACGGAGAAAGCUGCGGGCGAUUGGAUUGGCUUUGGGGACGUUGUUGGUGUUUGUGCUCUGUUUUGGACCCUACAAUGUCUCCCAUGUGGUCGGUUUCAUAACCAAAUCAAGCCCAGCUUGGAGAGACAAAGCCCUUCUUCUAAGCACGUUCAAUGCUUGUUUGGACCCGAUUAUUUUUUACUUCACCUCUGCGGCUGUUAGAAACACACUCGGGGCGAUGGUGAGGAGCAUUUGGUGUCCACAAAUCCUGUGGAGCUCCAAGAAGAAAUCUCCUGAAACUGAGAAAAACAGUGUGCCGAAACCACAAGAGCUCACAAACGCACUUUGACCAAUGUUUCAUGUAGGCAUGGAAAUGACCGUGCAAUUAUUUUUGUACACGAAUGCAGCAGGGUAAACAUUACUCCA